AUGGUACUGAAUGGAGGAAAUCAGAGCUCUGUGACCAUAUUCAUCCUCUCGGGCUUCUCAGAAUACCCACGCCUCCAGGUACCCAUUUUCCUGGUGUUCUUGACCAUUUACACAGUCACUCUGGUGGGGAACCUUGGCAUAAUUGUGAUCAUAAGGACCAGUCCCAAACUACACACACCCAUGUACUUUUUUCUCAGCCAUCUAUCCUUUUUGGAUAUUUGUUCUUGUGUAUUUACACCCAAACUCCUAGGUGUCUUGGUUGUGGAAGACAGAGUUAUCUCUUUCAAAGGACGCAUGGCACAGUUUUUCUUUGGCUGUGCACUUGUGAUUUCGGAGAUGUCCAUGCUCGCAGUGAUGGCCUAUGACCGGUUUGUGGCUGUUUGUAACCCCCUGCUCUACACAGUUGCUGUGUCUCCUAAGCUCUGCAGCCUCCUGGUUGCUGGAACCUACACGUGGGGUGGAAUGUGUUCCUUGACAAUCACAUGUUCUCCUUUGGAGCUGUCCGUCUGUGGUUCUAAUGUCAUACAUCACUUUGGCUGUGAGUAUUCUGCCAUCAUCUCUACUUCCUGUUCCGACACCCAUUUCAGUCAGCUGACGUGUUUCAUCAUUUCUACACUCAAUGAGGUGUGUAGCCUCCUGAUUAUCCUCGCCUCCUAUGUUUUCAUAGCUGUCACAAUCAUCAAGAUGCCUUCAGCUGGUGGACUCCGAAAAGCCUUCUCCACCUGUGCCUCCCACCUGACCGCCAUCACCAUUUUCCAUGGGACUGUCCUGUCCCUUUAUUGUGUCCCCAACUCCAAAAGCUCAUGGCUCCUGGUCAAAGUAGCCACUGUGUUUUUUACUGUUAUGAUUCCUAUGCUGAACCCUCUUAUCUAUAGCCUUAUGAAUACAGAUGUGAAAGAGACAGCCAGGAGUUUGAUAACUAUGAAACUGCUUUCUCCUUCAAUAUAA